AUGUCAGGAAAAGAAACUAAGGAAACAACUUCUUCAUUGCCAAAACCUCCCACCGCAAAUGUUUUCGCUAUGUUUGGAGGAGCCAAGAAGACUCCAGUGAAAAAAGAGUCUGCAGAAGAAAAAGCUGCUGAUGAGAAGGAAAAAAAGGAGGAAAAGGCUAAAAAGGCAGAAAAAUCUGCAGAAGGUGAAGAUGAUGGCAUCCAUUUCGAGCCUCUUGUUCAUCUAGAUAAGGUUGAAGUUAAGAAUAACGAAGAGGAUGAGGACGUUGUCUUCAAGAUCAGAGCUAAGAUGUACAGAUUUGCGCCAGAGACCAAGGAAUGGAAAGAAAGAGGAACAGGUGAAGUGAGAUUUUUGAAGCAUAAGAAGACUGGCAAGACUAGACUGAUCAUGAGAAGAGACAAGACAUUCAAAGUUUGUGCUAACCAUUAUCUUGCACCAGAAUACCAGUUGAAGGCCAACAUUGGAUCUGAGAAGUCUUGGGUUUACACUUGUACCGGUGAUGUUUCCGACGGAAAGCCAGAGGUUCAGACUUUCGCCAUCAGAUUCGGAUCUAAGGAGAAAGCACAGAAUUUCAAGGAAGAAUUCGAGAAAGCACAGAAAGAAAAUGAAAAGAUUCACGAGAAAGAGGGUGACAAGAAAUGA